AUGAUUGAUGGAGAUAAGACCAGCUACUAUUGUCAUCCCAUUCAUGAGUUUUGUUUAGCAGCGCUGGAUGGCAAAGAGAGAUGGACAUCCUAUAAGUUCAUGAUGGGCCUGUAUGACGACUGGGCCUCUUCUCAUUUCAAAAGAUUGUGCUCGGCUAUUGAUCAACUACCGGAGAUUAACCUAGAUGUAUCACAGCAGUCUGAGAUAUUACCGCCGUAUGAGCUGGGCUUUUCAGAAUCAACUGGACUUUCACGGGGGAUCAAGGGUAUCGAUGUACAAGGUUCAAGUUUCACAUCUGUAUUGGAAAAGGAAGCCCAGCCACCUCUCUCCGAUUCACAGGUUCCACCCUCGGGCCCUACGCGGGGGAAUGAAAUGAAAUCCUCAAAAGCAUUCAAGUUGCCCCAGAAAAGACGCAAAUAG